CUUUGAUCGCAUGCACGUGGGCGUCUGAACUGCCUGCUGGGAUGCUUCAUUGAUCCGGCAGAAGCCUUGAAACCGAAGAAACCGAAGACUUGCUGUCCGAGCUGUUUCGACUCCAAGACAGCCCGUCCACCAGGACUGAAAUUGACCGUCGCUUUGCUGCUGUAUACGGCUACGUGAUUGAUCACCAGUCAAGCCGUCGGCCACGACAAUACCCCUCAUUCUUUUCCAUCACUCUGUUAUCCGCUCCCUCCCUCCCCUCUCUUAGCCUCCUCGUCAGACGAGGCCUUCUUUGCCCACAAUGGCAGCCCAGCGCCAGGCAUCGUCCGCCUCCCAAACCCCCCUCAUCUCUCCCGCAGAACUUGCCUACCUCUACACCUCACUGUCUCUCCCCGACGGCCCGAUUCGCCCAGAUGGCCGCUCAGCCACGCAAUUCCGCCCCUUGACCGCCGAGACGGACAUCCUUCCGGGCACCAACGGCAGUGCGCGCGUCGGGUUCGCAGACGGCACACAGGCGAUCGUCGGAGUCAAGGCCGAGGUGGAAAAGACCGUUGUUGCGGCCGAGGCCCUCAAUCUGUCACAGCACGGCUCGGAGGACUUUGCAGACACCGACGGCAGCGAGAGGCAACAGUCCCCCAGUGCUGGACAUGGCUCGUGGGUGCAGAUGUCCAUCGAGAUCCCCGGGUUUCGCGAUGACGAUGCUCUGCCCGUCUUCCUCUCGGAAAUGAUGCGCGAGCCGCUCGUCGAAUCUGUCUCCGGUGGACAGGGUGGGAGUGAUGAUAUGGCGGGUGGGCUUAAGGGGAGAUUGGUUAUCAAUAAGCGGUGGCAUUGGAGAUUGUACAUUGAUGUGCUGCUCCUCUCCCAGCCUCUGUCGUACCCUCUUCCUUUGCUCUCCCUCACGACACAUCUGGCGCUCCUGUCGACCAAGCUCCCCAAGCUUAAAUCGCAGGGCGAGGAAGAUCCUUUCUUCGACGAUGACUGGAAUGCCGCCGAGUACCUAUACCCCCGCAACCUGAAGUCGCACCUGUCUUCCACGCAACAGGUCCGUCCCCCGGUGACACUGCUUGUCAUUGCGGUGGGCGAGAACGUUGUCUUCGACCCCAACAGGGAGGAAAUCACCGUCGCGGACACCAUCCUGGCGGUCUCUGUCACUCGCGAUAGCGACUCGGAUGGUCUGAAGCUGCUGUCCAUCCGCACGAUCGACCCCCCGUCCCGUCUGACGCAGCCGGGUGUACCGAACUCGGAGAACGUCGCGACACUGGGCUCUACAGCGGCCGCUGAGGAGGCGCUCGAAACAAACCCGUCCACCGGGGAGGAAAUCCCUGGUGUCUGGAAGCCUCAACGCGGAGGUGUCAAGCGGCGCACGAUUGCCAAGAUGCUCAAAUUGGUCCUGGAGAAGGGCGGUGUCGGCGAGGAGGUUCUCGAGGGUCUGGAGGGCGUGGAGGUCGGCUGAAGCGGUUCGCGGGGCUGUUUGACGGGUCCCAAUCAAUGCACGAUGUCUCGGGCUUUAUGUACGACCUGUCCCCGGAUCGAUUGAGUGCUGGAUGUCGUGAUGGUCGACCGUGCUGUCCCGGCCAACAAGCCCACAAGUGUUCGAGCACGAACCAUCCAUCCCAUGUGUUUGUUGAAAGACACAGACCUCGAAAAGAAAGCUCGGCAUUUCAACCGCAGCGAAACACGCAGGCUGGAGCUGAGCUGAGUGGAGAUGACGACGACUCAUCGCCAUGAUAGAACAAUUGACUAGAACCAAAACUUGUACAUAGGCAGAUAAUACAUGGGGAGAGAAGAAACAUAGUGCCCACC